AUGGUUAGACAACGUAUGAAUUGUAAUGCUCCUCCAUUCUCACCAACCGAUUAUGAUUUUAUUAUGCAACGUGAAGAAGCUAAUAGAAUUGCCUGGAAUCAACCAAUAGCUGAUAUUUCUGCUGGAUCUGAAAGAGUGGUCUCAGAUAGAUCUGCUAUAAUGCCAUCUGCCAAAAUAGGAGGGGUCUCAGGUAUUACUUCCUCUCCACAUGACUUACCACUAAAGAAAAAUAGCCGAAAAAAGAAGUUAAGUAAAACGAGUGUAGCCUUUACUGAGACGGAUAAUACUAUUAACCAUACUCCCUCUAAUGAUAAUAUAUCUAAGAUGGGAUCUGAACUUGAAAAAGUAUUAAAAAAAAUGGAUGACAUCGGUAAUUCCAUUCCUUGA